GCGCGUGUUGACAGCGGCGGCGGCGGCAGAGCCCGGCGGGCGGCAGGAGUCGGCGCCCCGGGUUCCUGCCCCUGGUCCGGAGGCGGUGGCGGACCGGCGUCCCGGGAUGGCCUUCAUGGAGAAGCCGCCGGCCGGCAAGGUGCUGCUGGACGACACGGUGCCGCUGACAGCGGCCAUCGAGGCGAGCCAGAGCCUGCAGUCUCACACGGAAUAUAUCAUUCGGGUACAAAGAGGAAUUUCUGCAGAAAAUAGCUGGCAGAUUGUUAGGAGAUACAGUGACUUUGAUUUGCUGAACAACAGCUUGCAGAUUGCAGGCCUAAGUCUACCUCUUCCUCCCAAAAAAUUGAUUGGUAACAUGGAUCGUGAAUUCAUAGCUGAGAGGCAGAAAGGUCUUCAGAACUAUCUCAACGUUAUCACCACAAAUCAUAUCUUGUCUAACUGUGAGCUGGUUAAGAAGUUUCUAGAUCCAAACAACUAUUCUGCAAACUACACUGAGAUUGCCUUACAACAUGUUUCCAUGUUCUUCCGGUCAGAGCCAAAGUGGGAGGUGGUAGAACCAUUGAAAGACAUAGGUUGGAGGAUAAGGAAGAAAUAUUUCUUGAUGAAGAUUAAAAAUCAGCCAAAGGAACGGCUAGUGUUAAGCUGGGCUGACCUUGGUCCUGACAAGUAUCUGUCAGAUAAAGAUUUUCAGUGUCUAAUCAAACUUCUGCCUUCCUGUUUGCACCCUUACAUCUAUCGUGUUACCUUUGCCACAGCUAACGAAUCCUCAGCAUUGCUAAUUAGAAUGUUUAAUGAAAAAGGAACCUUGAAGGACCUGAUCUACAAGGCAAAACCAAAAGACCCAUUCCUGAAGAAGUACUGCAGCCCUAAGAAGGUUCAAGGCCUUGAACUCCAGCAGAUAAAAACAUAUGGGCGGCAAGUAUUAGAGGUCCUAAAGUUUCUACAUGACAAGGGAUUCCCUUAUGGGCAUCUUCACGCUUCCAACGUGAUGCUGGAUGGGGAUACCUGCCGGCUGCUGGACCUGGAGAAUUCCUUGUUGGGCCUUCCUUCCUUCUACCGAUCAUAUUUCUCACAGUUCAGGAAGAUCAAUACAUUGGAGAGUGUGGACGUCCACUGCUUUGGCCACUUACUAUAUGAAAUGACUUACGGACGACCGCCCGACUCAGUGCCUGUAGACUCCUUCCCUCCUGCGCCGUCCAUGGCUGUGGUGGCCGUGUUGGAGUCCACGCUGUCUUGUGAAGCCUGUAAAAAUGGCAUGCCCACCGUCUCCCGGCUCUUGCAGAUGCCAUUAUUCAGUGAUGUUCUGCUCACAACUUCUGAAAAGCCACAGUUUAAGAUCCCCACAAAGUUAAAAGAGGCAUUGAGAAUUGCCAAAGAAUGUAUAGAAAAGAGACUGAUUGAAGAACAGAAACAGAUCCACCAGCAUCGAAGACUGACGAGAGCUCAGUCUCACCAUGGAUCUGAAGAAGAAAGGAAAAAGAGGAAGAUUUUAGCUCGAAAGAAGUCAAAACGAUCUGCUGUUGAAAAUAAUGAAGAGCAUUCAGCAAAAUACAGCAACUCCAAUAAUUCAGCAGGAUCUGGGGCCAGCUCACCUCUCACAUCCCCGUCCUCGCCGACUCCGCCCUCCACAGCAGUAGAGCAUGCACCAUUUUGAACGUGAAUUUUCGGUAAAGAAUAUCCGCGUUACCUCCACCUCCUCCACCUCCGCCUCCACCAGCAGCAGCUCCCUCACCUCCUGUGAGCACAGAGGCGCCCUCACAGCUUCCACCCCAGGCCAUGAAUGGCGUGAGCCGAGGGGCCUUACUCAGCUCCAUCCAGAAUUUCCAAAAAGGAACUUUGAGGAAAGCCGAAACCUGUGAUCACAGCGCUCCUAAGAUUGGCUAAAGCUUCGUGUUUAUACUCGGAGGGAAAAGUUCUUUUUUUUUUCCUUUUACCUCCACCCCCUGAAGUACCCUCCUUCUGGAUGAAUAAUUGCUGAGCCAGUACAGCCACAUACGACUUUGCAGAUGCUCACAAAAGGGGCUUUUCAAGAGGGAAACACAGUCUUCAAGUAGAAUGAAGUCAGGCUGGCAUUGCUGCCUUAAGAAAUAUUUUGUUCCUUGGUUACUAUCGGAAUCUGGUUCACCCUCUUUUGGUGGGCAGCAGCAUAUCAGAAUCAAUUAUUUCCACCAACUGAAGGAAAUGGACAAAAAACAAAAACGAUGACAAUAUUCAGUCACUGAGGUGAAUAGCCUUGGUGUUACAAUCCCUCCCAUCCCGCCAGACAGCUCCUAGAACUGUUCCUCUCAUUUCUCUAUUCUAAAGCAUCUUCUGGUUAUUUGUUAGAUAAAGCUGUUUUUUGCUACUUUUAAUUUCAUCUUAGACAUUAACACUGUAGCCCAAAGCAUAGUGAUGUCGCUGAGAGUCAGAGAAGCAACCGAGUUCUUCAUUUCCCCCUCAAGUAGAAGGUGAAAGUUCACAACAUUCUCUCAAGUUCAAUCAGGAACUCCAUUGUGGUUACAGAACUCAGGGCUGCUAUAGGAACUACUCUAGGCUCUUCGUUCCUUUUAGUUAGUACGUGUUGAACAGACAAAAAAAUGUUAACAUCAGGAAAAGCUCUUGCCAAUUCAAGGAUCUUCUUAAUCCUUAGCAUUUAAGUCAAGUUUGGGGCUUGGGGGGGGGGGGUGGUCAUUAUUACAAGUAAAUUUGGCACCUAUAGAAAUCAGUUCUGAUUUUUGAAAGAUUUAUCCAAAUAUAUCAUGUUUUUAACAUUACUCAUUUAUUAGAAAGAUCCUUUAUCCUAUGAUUUGCUUAAACCCUUAAAUAAAUUGCACUUUAAAGGAUUAUAAGUAAUCCAUCUAAAAAAAUCAAGUUAUACACAUCAGUGUUGGUUACUAUGCAGAGAGAAUGUCAUUGUGUAUAGUUUCAUGUAAUCUGUGAUAAAUGUUCAGCUGUAUUUUUUAUUAAAAUAAACUGUGUCAAGAAAAUGUGUUUUUA